GAGAUGUCAGGCCGGCGUUUGGGAUCAGUUUUUGCCAGAGACAGGUGCGACAGGGAGGAGUAGUUUACAAAGCCCUACACAGGAUCUGGUAACGAGCCUCUCUCUUCUUGAUCACUCGGAUUUUUUGUAUCCAGCGGGACACAGAAUUGACUCGUACUGUCUUUGUCUCGGCAGCACCUUUCCUCAGACAAUCAGAGACUCUACCGUUCUGUUGCUAUGGCGACCAUGGCCCCUUCCUUCCUAUUCCUGCUGUGUUGGCUGCUCCAAACGGCCUGCUCGGCAUUCCCUGAGGAACCAGGGCCUCUCAACUUCAUCCCAACUGAAGUCGUGAGACGGUAUCCAGUGUUCCUGGGCCGACCCCACCGAACAUGGCUAAGACAGGAGCCUCUACACAUCCAGAGGAUGCUCCAAGUCAAUCGGACACUCUACAUUGGAGCCAGGGAUGACCUUUUCCGUGUGGAGCUGGACAUCGUUGCAGGAGAUGAGAUGUUCUACAGCAAGAAAAGAACAUGGGAGUCAAACAAGAAUGACAUCAGGAUUUGCAGGAUGAAGGGCAAGCAUGAGGAUGAAUGCCGAAAUUUUAUGAAGGUGCUGCUCAGCAGACAAGGAGGCCUGUUUGUAUGUGGGACCAAUGCCUUCAACCCGCUAUGUGCCAACUACACUGGAGACACUCUGGAGAUGGUAGGAGACACAGUCAGUGGGAUGGCGAGAUGCCCUUAUGAUCCCAAACACGCCAACGUAGCUCUGUUUGCAGAGGGGAAUCUGUUUACAGCCACAGUGACAGACUUCCUGGCCAUUGAUGCGGUUAUCUACCGUAGCCUUGGGGACAGUCCCGCUCUGCGCACCGUCAAGCACGACUCCAAGUGGUUCAGAGAGCCGUAUUUUGUCAGCACUGUGGAGUGGGGACCUCACAUCUACUUCUUCUUCAGAGAGAUAGCCAUGGAGUUCAAUUACCUGGAGAAGGUGGUGGUGUCACGUGUGGCCCGUGUGUGUAAACGGGAUCAGGGUGGAUCUCAGCGUGUCCUGGAGAAGCAGUGGACAUCGUUCCUCAAGGCCCGCCUAAACUGCUCCGUUCCUGGUGAUUCACACUUCUACUUUAAUCUGCUGCACUCCACCAGCCCUAUCAUCAGGAUGCACGGCAGGGACAUCAUCCUGGGAGUGUUCUCCACACCAGCUAACAGCAUCCCGGGUUCAGCAGUGUGUGCCUUUGACAUGGAGCAGCUGGCUGCAGUAUUUGAUGGGAGGUUCAAGGAGCAGAAAUCAGCAGAAUCUAUUUGGACGCCUGUCCCAGAUGAAGUCAUCCCGAAGCCAAGACCUGGUGGCUGUGCUGUUCAAGGUUCCAGGUUUAAUUCCUCCAACUCUUUCCCUGAUGAAAUGCUCAACUUUGUCAAGACCCAUCCACUGAUGGAUGAAGCUAUCCCAUCACUCGGACAAAGACCGUGGAUAGUCAAAACCAUGGUCAGGUAUCAGCUGAAUAAGAUUGUGGUGGAUACAGAGGCUGGGCCAUAUAAGAACCGCACUGUUCUGUUCCUUGGCUCUAGCAGAGGGACUAUCCUCAAGUUCCUCAUCAUACCCAACCAGGACAACACCGUCACCAGCAACAACAUCUUCCUGGAGGAACUGGAGGGGUUCAACCCAGAUAAGUGUGCUGAAGACUCUCCUCAGGCCAGGCAGCUGUUGUCUCUGACUCUGGAUCGGGCGAGCCACACUCUACUCCUUGCCUUCCCCUCUUGUGUGGUCAGAGUACCAGUGGCACGAUGCCAGCUCUACUCCCGAUGCAUGAAGAACUGUAUUGCCUCCAGGGACCCAUACUGUGGCUGGACCAGAGGAAGCACCUGCUCGUUUCUCAGACCUGGGACCAGAUUGCCGUUCGAGCAAGAUGUUGAACAGGGAAACGUGGCCCACUUGGGUGACUGUGACGGAAUGCUUCUCCAAGAGAGUUUCAUUGAGGAGCCUGAUGGCCUGGUGUCUGUAAACCUGCUGGUGGUGUCUGCAGUUUCAGCCUUCACAACAGGAGCCAUCCUCUCUGGUCUGACAGUCUGCUGGAUCAUGAGUCACCGCCACCGCCAUUCCCGCAGCGCUGGAGCCAACGGCGCCCGCCGCAAAAGUGACAAAGAGCAGAGCAUGCUGGGGCAGGGCCGCAGCGGGUCAGUAAUGAGCGUAACAAGAACCAGCGGUGGUGAGAGGCGCCGUUCGCAGGCAGACAACCCCUUUGUCACACCAAACGGCUGGCCAAAAGGAGAGAUGGACCCAGGCUUGCUGCCCACCCCAGAACAGACCCCGCUGCAGCAGAAACGGGCCAUGCGUCUCCCAGACACCGACUGGGACCAGAGCCAGACCUUCCUCACUGCUGUGGGGACUCCCUGCCCCAACAACUCUGUCAUCUACCUGAGCUCCAAGUUCCUGCACGGAGGUGGAGGGGGUGGAGGGAUGGUCCGGAUAGAGGACCCAGGUGAGGUUGUGCUGCCCCCGCACACAGAGCGCCAGCGCUACCUGAUCCUAGCCACCCAGAGAGGGGAGCACGGUGGUGGCCGUACCACCGGCACCCUGAGGAACUCAGCGGGAGAAUACAUCUACCCCGCCACGCCACAGGACUCCCCCGACCGACGGAGGGUUGUUUCCGCUCCCACUCCCCACAUGGACUAUGGGGAGCCUCGCUGGAGUCACGAGGCACUCAACUACAACAGCAACAAUGGAGCGCCCUAUCAGCGCCAGGGCCUCAUCAGGCCAGACAUGCACGGGCCUCGAGGGCUGGGAGAACUGGCUGACUUCAGCCACCUUCUAGUGAAGAACAUGGGAGAGCGCACCCCCAGUGGCCAGUGAGGUGAAGUACAUGAGCCCUGACUGCAAGCUCUCUCUGAAAACCCAUUUCCUCCAACAGUAAACUGGAAUAAAUUAGCCCCUCAGACUCCGUGUCCCGGUCAACCUUACCCUGUCUGUCCUCUCUCACU